UAGGUGGCGGUGCGCAGCGCCGGGGUACAAACUCACAGAGGAAGAACUUAGACUUGAAAACAAAGCAUGAUUCCGAUAUCUUUAAAUUAAUUUAUUCACUUUAGCUGAUUUAUAAAUUCAUUAAAUUAGAAAUAUAAAUUAAAGGAAAUUUAACGAUGGCGUCAAAUCCUCCGGGACAAGGAUUUCAGAAUAAAAACCGAGUGGCGAUUUUAGCUGAGCUGGAUAAAGAGAAGAGACGCCUGAUCCAGAGUCAGUCCAUGAACAAUCCAGGGGCCAGUAUUCCGCUUUCCAGACCUCCAGUGAAGGAAUUUCGGGAUCACGCGGAGCAGCAGCACAUCGCCGCGCAGCAGAAAGCAGCUUUACAGCACGCACACGCUCACUCUUCGGGCUUCUUCAUCACACAAGACUCCUCGUUUGGAAACCUGAUCCUUCCCGUGUUGCCUCGACUCGAUGCAGAGUGACGACGAAAAAAAAACACUUGUUAAAAAGACAUUUUGGCUUCUACGGAAAAAAACUCCAUCAUGUAAACGUCACAUCAGCUUUAAUGUCGGGUUUUAAACGCAGAACAUCUCCACUAGCUCCACACUGACUGACUGACUGUGGGGUUUACUGAUUGUACUGUUUCUGUAUUUCAUAAAAAAUAAAGAAAUGUGGACACGA